AGACCUAUUGACUUUGGAAAUGAACCCCUUUUCAACGGCAGGGAACGUAUGAACGGAGGGUUCCCGUUCCCAGAGUGGAGUACCCCUGGCCCGUCCAUGGACCCUCCCGUGACACGUGUCUCUGAGAAGGACAACUCGUGGCUGUACACCCUGGAUCCUAUCCUGGUCACCAUCAUCGUCAUGUCUUCCCUGGGCGUACUGCUGGGGGCGGUGUGUGGCGGCUUGCUGCUCUACUGCACCUGCUUCUACAGCGGCCUGUCGUCACGGAGCUCCACCACACUGGAGAACUACAACUUUGAGCUGUACGACGGGAUCAAACACAAGGUGAAGAUCAACCAGCAACGCUGCUGCUCCGAGGCCUAGGACGCUUUCCCCCACCGGGAGGCCUAGUCCUUCAAGCCCUUGGCUGUUCCAACCCAAAGACCGUUGCUUUUAAUGCUUGAUGACACCGACAUACAUACAGAUACACCCCGCUAUACCCCUUCCCCCCCCUCGGCCGUCUCUUCUCUGCCUGCAGGAGACGCCCUGAUCAAUCAAACUUGGAAUGAACCACCUUUACCUGCCAUGAUGCCGCACGUACAGGCCAGUGGACCACAGUGUCUGGCUUGGACCUGAACUCCUCCUGUCAGUCUGGGCUUGGACCUGAACUCCUCCUGUCAGUCUGGGCUUGGACCUGAACUCCUACUGUCAGUAUGGGCUUGGACCUGAACUCCUACUGUCAGUCUGGGCUUGGACCUGAACACUUACUGUCAGUCUGGGCUUGGACCUGAACUCCUUCGUGUCAGUCUGGGCUUGGACCUGAACUCCUCUGUCAGUCUGGCUUGGACCUGAACACUUACUGUCAGUCUGGGCUUUGGACCUGAACACUUACUGUCAGUCUGGGCUUGGACCUGAACUCCUUCUGUCAAUCUGGGCUUGGACCUGAACACUUACUGUCAGUCUGGGCUUAGCCCUGAACACUUACUGUCAGUCUGGGCUUGACCUGAACACUUACUGUCAGUCUGGGCUUGGACCUGAACAUUACUGUCAGUCUGGCUUGGCCCUGAACACUUACUGUCAGUCUGGGCUUGGACCUGAACACUUACUGUCAG